UCUCUGUUCGUCAGACUUCCAAACUAGAAAAUUCCACCCAAAACCCACAAUUCAUUUAUGAUUUAAGAUCCAAUGUUUUUUUCUUUUUAAAAAAGGAAAACUUUGAAACCUUCUCCCACUAAUUUAUGGAUUCUGUCAUCAUUUUUCUUCUCCUAAUCUUCUUUGUUACAUAUGCAGAGCCCCACUUUCUACAACAGGUGUUGGAAAAUUACUAAAUGGUUUGGUUGGGCUGUUUGGAUUACCUCUGUUUCUAUCACCUCUAAUGUAAAAGAAGAAGAAAAGAACAGUCUUGAUUGAUCUCGCCUUUUUUCUUCUUCAAAAAAAAUGUCAACCAUGAACAAUACCAGUAGCAGUUCCAACAUGGGUUCUCCUCUGUUCCAUGAAUUCAAGAGGCAAGCUUCGUUUUUUCUCAAAGAGAAGAUCAGAACUGCGCGUUUGGCGUUGACUGAUGUAACCCCUGCUGAAUUAAUGACUGAGGAAGCAACAAAUGGGAAUUCAUGGGCACCAGACACAAGAACCCUAGGAUCAAUUUCAAGAGCUGCUUUUGAAUUAGAUGAUUAUUGGAGAAUUGUGGAGAUUCUGCAUAAGAGAUUGGCAAAAUUUGAGAGGAAGAACUGGAGGGUGGCUUACAGUUCUGUCGUAGUACUUGAGCACUUACUGACUCAUGGACCGGAGAGUGUAGCAGAAGAGUUUCAGAGUGAUAUUGGUAUUAUCACUGAGAUUGGAAGCUUCCAACAUAUAGAUGAGAAAGGAUUCAAUUGGGGACUAGCUGUUAGAAGAAAAUCAGAGUGGGUGUUAAAGCUGCUGCAGAAAGGACCUGUACUCAAGGAAGAGAGAGACCGAGCUCGAAAGCUUACACGAGGAAUUAAGGGGUUUGGGAGCUUCUGCCAGAGAUCUUCAGGAGGAGGAAUUCUGCAGGAAUCAUCGCAUGAAAUCUAUGGAAGAAGUAAUUCAGAUUUCAUUAACAAUGACCAUCAGGAAAACCAGCUCUUGUCCUUGGAUGAACUAGACUUGAUCAAAGGAAAGACUCAAAGAUCCGAACACAAUAAUCGUGAGCCUAGCAAGAGAGAUGAGAACCUGAACUACUGGCAAGAGAGACCUGAAACAAAUGAGAACAUGGACAUGGCUCGAAACAAGCAAGAGUUGCAUAAAUGGAGCGGAACUGGUGAAUCGAAUCCACUUUUGAGCAGCAAGAAUGAUGAUGAGCACAGGAUUGGAACUUCCAUGGAAGAUGAUCAUCCUUUCAGUGAUGCCGAGAAUCAGAUCACCUUUUCAUUGGUCCCAGCAGCAAGAGGUGGGUUACUCCUGCAAGGAUGAUUAGACAAACAAUGAAUAAGUUGAAAUUUUCUGCAUAUUUUUAGCAGCCAAGUGUUUUUUUUUCUCUGACAAUGUUGUCUUGUAGAUAAUUUUUGCAAAAGAAAUCUGCUUCUUUCUCUA